CCUGGGAGUGUUUCAAACUCCAACACUAUUUUAAAGAUGGACGAGAAAGAAGAGGGAGUAAAAGAAGGAAUAAAACUGAAAAAAGAACGGAGGACAGCAGCAGAGACAGUUUCCACAGGACGGACGUUCAGCUAAAGAACUACAUUUAACAGAGAGGCUGUACUGCAUGAAAAUCCCAGGAGGGCAGCUGUUUCUGUGAUGCUGGAACCACCACAUCUGGCACUAUCCAUCUGGCACAGUCAAAGUCGCUUAGAUCACACAUUUUGCCCAUUCUAAUAGGCUAAUUUGGGUUGGAAGCCACUUGUGGUCCAGUCUGGUCUGAUGUGUUCCUGUCUCCUUAGAUAGGGGGCGCUGUUUCUAAAAUGAAUCUCUCAGAGGAGCCAAAGACCAAAGGAGGAACCCUCAGCAGUGAGAGGAAGAGGGUCCAGGUAGAAAGAGCAGGGUCACCUGUACCUAGCUGUGUGUCUCUGAAGAGUGAUCCUUCAGUGGAUCCUCCACUCACUUUCAAAGGAGAGUUCACAGGUGAUCAAAGGGUCCAGGUAGAAAGAGCUGGGUCACCUGUACCCAGCUGUGUGUCUCUGAAGAGUGAUCGUUCAAUGGAUCCUCCACUCAAUUUCAGAGGAGAGUUCACAGGUGAUCAAAGGGUCCAGGUAGAAAGAGCUGGGUCACCUGUACCCAGCUGUGUGUCUCUGAAGAGUGAUCGUUCAAUGGAUCCUCCACUCAAUUUCAGAGGAGAGUUCACAGGUGAUCAAAGGGUCCAGCAGUCACUGAAGUCCAGCUCUUUAGAAGAAGCGAGUUCAGAGAAACUAUCUUCCUCAAAAAAGUCUCUCCUGCGCACUCUGAUGAAGCUGAAGAAGAAUGAGAAGUUGAAACUGUUUCAGAGCCAUCUGAGUCAGGAUUGCCCAGAAUGCUUUAAGAGUCUGUCUGAAGAUCCUUCUGUGCUGGAUAAUUUUAUGAAGAUGAAGGAAUUGUUCAAGAGUCAUCAAAUUGAUGAAGAAUGCACUGAGAGAGAGCAAGAGGAUUCUAAGGCCCUGUACAUAGUUGAGAAGAUGCUGGAGACCUGUGGCAGUGAGAGGUCCCUGAAGAUCACACUCCACAUCCUGAGGAACAUGAAGCAGAAGGAUCUCGCCGACUUACUGGAGAGAGGUGAGCAGCUCAGUAAGAGUUUUCUCUCAUUGGUUCUGUGUCUCCAUUAGAAUGCUGAAAUGAAUUUAGUAAACAAAUCUGACAGUGAUUAAUGUUCUGAUUUAUAGCAUUCACACUUACAUAUAGAAAACCAACAUGUGCACAAAGCCAUUUAAAUAAAAAUACAGCCUGGAGCAGUGAUUGUGGGGACAGGCAUAUGAACAAGAUGAAAUGUGCCUGAAGGGGAUUUAACACCAGGAGCUCCAGACCAUUCCGCAGGAUUGAAAUCGCUUAAGGCGCGGCCUGGGUCACAUGACAUAUGAGACUUUAAACGGGAAAUGUUUGAAUUGUUUGCUAGAUGGCGCUUAUUAGACACGAGCUGACAAAGGUUGCCAGCCCAUUGUCCAAAUGAAAUAUUUAUGAAAUAUAAAAGCUAUGUUUUAGUUAUGGCUCGGCAUUCUAGCCAACACAUUGUUACAAACUAAAUGUUUUUAGAAUAAAUUGAUCAGCUAAACGCCAAA